UGCAUACCCAAACUCCCUGCGGCAGCGUUCGAAAUCGCUUGAUCGGCAAAAACCGACUCCACUCCAGCAAGAGGAGAGGCCUCCAGCGAUCUUUGCCGCUCGUCUCCCAUGGAGGCAGUCGCUCGAGCAAGCGUAAUAGCAAGAAGCUCGCCCACGCGGCUUCCCCCGCGCCCGCGCCACACCGUCCCGUCACCCGCCGCGCGCCACCGCCGUCCGCCGAGGCGUGCGGUCGCCUGUGCCGCCGCCACCGACGGCAACGAAGCCGAUGUUGUCCGCCUCUUCGAUGCCGCCAAGCUCACGGUGGACGAGUUCGUGAAGAGCGGCAUGGUGGUCGGGCUCGGCUCCGGCGCCGCGUCGGGGCUCGCCGUCCAGUACCUCGGCACCCGCCUCCGCCGAGGGUCUCUCACCGGCAUCGUCGGGAUACCCUCGUCUUUGAUCUGUACAAAUGAGGCCGAGAAAGCAGGGAUACGGGUCAGCAGCCAUGACGAAGGCACGCAAAUUGAUUUUGCUUUCACCGAUGCUGAUGUAAUUGAAGAGGGCUCACUGGCCGCUGUCAUUGGCCGACGCAAAACAGAGAGCGGGGAGCCUUCUUUCAUGCAUGAGAAGGGUAUUGUUAAAUCAGCUGCUAAACUUGCCUUUAUCAUUGACCAUGAUAAAUAUGUGAAAAGCGUCGAGGGUUCCAUUCCAGUAUUGGUCAAAAGUGGCAAUUGGAUGGACACUGCUGAAGAGAUUGAUGAUUUGUUCCUAGGCGACGCAGAGGUUUGGAGGAGGCCAUCAGUCGGAACUGCAGGUCCAUCGGGAGGCGAUUUUCCGUUGGUUACCAAGGAGGGCCAUCACGUACUAGAUGUUAUCUUCACGACCCCCAUCCAGGAUCUUGGAAAGGUAGCGGAAGGCUUGGACAACAUCGCCGGCGUUGUGGAUCAUGGGAUAAUUUGUAACACCCCGUCAUAUGCUGUCAUUGCGUCGAAAGGAGAAGUGCAGGUCUUGGAUCAGAAGUCAUCGGUGAUACCGAACACAUAAGUCUACCAAGUUGCAGAGCCACCAUUUCCCCCACAUUUUGCAGAAGAGUCUGUUGCAAACCGGCUGAACAAUGCACCUUUUUUUGUAUUAUCCGACAUGGUUGUCGGCAUAUAUUACGAUGCCACAUGUCCCAAGUUUUCGCCUCCGAAUGUAUAAAGAUCUCCACAGAUCUGUAUUUACUGGAUCAACCUACCACCGUGAAAACUGUUUAUAUAUAAGUUGGCCUUGUGCUGA